ACGAAUACAAUGCAUAGGGGCAUACCCCUAUAAAAUCAAAGGCAAGUCAUGGCAACAACAAAAGCAACCAAACAAAAAAGGAGAACAAGAAAACAAAAGAUGUUCUCCUUGUCUUCCUUCCUCUUGUUGUUGCCCUGGACGCCAUGUGCAAGACUAGCGUAAUACUGGUUCGGGUGAGGCCCAACUCCAAGAACAAGGUACUGCCCGCCCACCCACCCUCGGAAGAUGACACUGUCUUCUUUGGAUUGGGCACUAGAUCCGUCACAAGAGUUGCCAUCAACCAGAAAGCCGUAUCCCCAAAGCAAAGCCAGGGUCCCUCGUUGCGUCUUCAGAAUCAUUUACAUAGAAAGGGCUACAAACUGAAGGCAAUGGCAACCCUAGGGGAUCAACGAGAACAGAGCCACGGAUCCACACCUAAUGAGAGAACACUCUGGCCAUCACUCAAAUCCUUACUCUUGUUAGCUCCUUUAGUGAUUGCAUCUUUCCUCAAACGAAGCAAACACGCAAAAACACCCCAGGGAAUCGUGGACAAGGUGCCACGGAGUCAAACCCAGGGAAAACCAGCAAAAUCAGCGGAGAGUAUCCUGUUAGUCUCAAACCUCCAUCACGCAAGUCAAAACAGCCCCAGCAAAGAUCAGCAUCACAGCCAUCACUCAAUAGUACCUCAAAAGGUCGGGCAACUUGGGUCAGCACGACACGAAUGUCAAGGCUUCAGUGCUGCCCACGAGCCGAAGCAAACACACUGCCUUUCACCUGGACAAAUCGAAGAAUUGAAGACCAGCUGCAUGCCCCCUUCUACAAACAAUGGUUUUCAGUUCUGCCUCCUCCCUGUCCAAGCAAUCAGCACCAUGGUAGGACCCUUGGUUGCGUGUGCUUCAAGCCCAAAGCCAGGUAUAAGUGGAAGCCAACGUUCCUUCAAGCUGCUGCCCUCCAGCCAUCAGGAACAGUUUGGUUCCUCAAAGUCCAAGCACACCUUCUUCAUAGGCCACAUCAAAGGAGUGAAAAAGAAUGCUUUAAAAUGUCAAAAACCGAAGGGAGACAACAUCCAAGAAUUGUGCCCAACAUCCUUGCAACAAAGCAAUGUAAGGGGGCCUAACAAGUGGUAUCGGAGUCAAGGUGAUCUGAAGAAGGCUGUCAGCACAAUUCGGUUGGCACUGUCCCCACAAAUUAAAGUGACAGUGCUGAAAGAGACAUCACCAAAGAAGCUGUGGGAAACGUUGGAGAGCAAAUUUGCGUCGAAGACACUUACUAACCGGUUGAUGAUGAGGAUGGACUUGUACUCACUGAAGAUGGAAGAGGGAGGUAGCGUAAUUGAUCACAUCAACAAGUUUAAUGAGCAAGUAUCAAAGCUGUUAAAUGCAGGGGAGACUAUCAAGGAUGAAGAGCAAGGGCUGCUUCUACUGGCUUCACUACCAAAAUCCUUUAAGCCGUUUGUGCAGUCAAUGAUAGCAGGAAGGACUACACUGCGACUAGAUGAGGUGACGACUGCCUUGAAGGAGAGUCAAAUGAUGAUGGGAGGUGAAGAGUCUUCCGGGGACAGUCAUUUACUAGCUGCUAAGAACGGUUGUCCAGAACUCAAGGAGGACUUGCAGAUCCUAAAGGAGAAGAAGGGCAAAUCGAAGGAAGCUUCUUCCGCAAAUGUGAUCACUUAUGAAGAUGAUCUCUUCUGAAGAUAAGAGUACUGCUAGACAGAAGAUUCUGCAGGAUGAGAGUAUCGCUGCAAAAAUUGCAAAUGAUGUAGGACUUUGAAUUAAGGGGAGAUUUGUAGAGUGUUACUUCAAAGUCCCACAUCGGUGGGAUAGGAAAAUUGAGAAGGGAUUGGAGCCUAUAAAUAGAGAGGGUAUAU